AUGUCUUUCUGGUGGCUAAACGGUUUUCUGCUCCUGUGGAUAGUCUCAGUGACUUCACGAAAAGGUGACUUCGAAGUACGGUUUGAGUCAAUCGAAACAAUAAAAGGAAGAACCGAAACGCUAUUUAUAUAUAAGCUUCGAUUACUCGGAAGAGAUCGUUUGAUAAAUGGAAGUGUUGAAUUCCAAGUCGACUUAGAUGAGACAUUCGAAGUUUCAUUAGAAAGCCAAGCAUAUAAGAAUGGAUUUUGGGUCCCUGGAUUCAUAAACGUGAAGAUUAGGCCAUGCGAAUUUUUCAAAACCUAUUAUGUUAAAUAUUUCCUUGUACUGCCUACCGAGUCAAAUUUACCUAUGACCGGUAGUGAGAUGUGUCCGUUUAGAAAAGGUGAUUAUUUUUUGAAAAACGGCCAAGUUUCUACCAAGGAUUGGCCGCCAAUUGUCUUUCAAGGUCUUAACAAAUACAGGAUCACAUUUUUAAGAAAUGGCAAUAUUACUGGUGGAGUUCAGUUUAUAAUUAGGAUAAUAGAAAAAGAAACAGAGCAAUAA